AUGCCGAGACGCAUUUACAACUUUUACCGAGUCCAAGACGCCCGGUCGAGAACCCAGCUUGACAAUGACGGGCUAUGGUCCGAAUCUGAUCUCCAUCUGUCAUUUGACUGGGCGGACCUCCCCGUACGUUCGCCGCGCCGCAAUAGAUUGGCAGCGGCCUUUGAGAGUCACGAAGAUUGGGACUGCGACCGCCCCUCUCCCUUCAUCUCCACAUACGGCGACUGGAACGCUGCCCCCGACCUCACCAAAUCAGCCACCUUUGAUGAUGCACUUCGCAAGCUGCAGGAUCUCCUCGAUUCCGCCAUUGCUGGAGAUAUCAACGCGGGCUGGGAAGUUCCCAACACUACCAUCUCCGUAGCCUUCGUAGCGAAGGGUCAGCGCGUCCCGGGAGAGCCUCUCUGGGAGUAUCACCACCUAGCGGAGAAUACGGAACUCGGGACGCGCAACUUGAAUCGACAUGCGCAGUACCAGAUCGGGUCCAUCUCGAAGCUCAUCACCGAUGCGGUGUUGAUACGGAGCAACUUGAAUUUGGACGAUCCCAUCACCAACGACUAUCUCAUGUGCGACGUGGCCGGCCUCAACCUCGGAUGCGCCAAGUCGCAGUACAUCGUCGGCUUGAAAGGCGCUCAUCCCGUAUCCCCGCCCAUGCAACGUCCCGUGUACUCCAACGUUGCCUUCACCCUGCUGAUGUACGCCGUCGGGGCCGCCACGGACUCCACCUACACACAGGUACUCUACGAGUACAUCACCGGCCCGCUCCAGAUGGUCAAUACGUACGCGAGUCCGGGGCUGCUCAACUCUUCGGUGGUCCCGCCCGUCAACAACAGCUACGGCUUCUGGUUUGGAGACGCGACGCCCGGCGGAGGCCUCGUGUCCACGCUUUCGGACCUCACGAGCUUCGUCCACCAUAUUCUCGACUACACAAUCUUUGACACACCAAUGGCUACCCCGCCUGAGGCGGUGUUCCCCGAGUACGACCCCGAGACCGAAACUGGCGGCCACACAAUCUCCAUCUACACCAAGGACGGCGCUGCGUAUGGGUACCGCGCACGCGCAUCCAUCAUCGACGAAUACGGCGUCGGCUUGGUGAUCCUGGCCGCGGGCGACUCCAAGGCCGUCAGCAUUAUCAACGACGCCAUGGUCGCCACCCUCAUCCCCGCAAUCGAGCAGGCAUCAAGAGAGCAGACGCAGGAGCUAGGCUACGUCGGCACGUUUUCCGGCUGCGGAGCCACCGCCGACGCGGCGUUCAACAUCACCAUCGCCAUGGACGAGAACAGCCUCAUCCUCGACUCGGUGAGCCACAACGGCUCCGACAUCGUGCACGCGCUGCGCGAAAUCUUUGGCGUCACGUACGGCACCCUGAUCCCCAACUACAAGCCGGGCCUGAUCCUGCGCCUGUACCCGGCCGGCGUGGAGAUCGAAGACGAGACGGACGACCGCAACGUGGUCGUGCGCGAGGACUGGCGGUUCGUGUGGGACGUGCGUCGCGAGAAAUCGAGCGACCUGCCCGGCCAGACGGUCAGCGCCUACGACUGCCUUGCGUGGGAGGCUGUGGAUUGGGUGUACUAUGGGUCCGAGGCGGUGGAUCGGAUCGUUUUCGUCAAGGACCCGCGCACGAGCGAGGCCGUGCUUCUCCGUGGCGGGAACGGCCGAGACGCCAUGUACGAGUCGUCUACUCUCGAACCAAACACGAACCCUCCUCCCCAAAUCCAAGCUCUUCUUCUCUCCCAUUUCCACCAGAACCUUCUCCAUCACCGCAAUGACCCAAUCCGCCGCGCCAGCUUUCCCUUUCUGCGGGCGAGCGGUCCCGAGCCCCCGGCGGAGUUUGCCAAGCUUCGCAAGACAGAUCCCGUCUCCAAGGUCAAGCUCUUCAACGGCGUGGAGGCGUGGCUUGUAACCAAGUAUGAGGACGUUUGCAAGGUUGCGACGGACGAACGAUUGUCCAAGCAACGAACCCGACCUGGAUUUCCCGAGCUAUCGCUAGGUGGCGUAGCUGCGGCCAAGAAUAAGCCCACGUUUGUCGAUAUGGAUGCACCAGAUCACAUGAACCAAAGGGGUAUGGUUGAACCUAUUUUCAUCCAAGAACACAUCGAGACCCUCAAGCCGUAUAUCCAAAAGACGGCGGACCAGCUCCUGGACGCCAUGAUCCAGGGAGGAUGCGAUAAGCCCGUGGAUCUCGUGGAGAAGUUUGCCUUGCCGCUCCCUUCCUACGUGAUCUAUACCCUCCUCGGCGUCCCCUUUGAGGACCUUGCCUACCUCACGACGCAGAACGCCAUCCGCACGAAUGGCAGCUCUACCGCCCUCGAGGCUUCCAACGCGAACAAGGAACUCCUCGACUACCUGGCGAAGCUGGUCGACCUUCGCUCAGCGGAGCCCAAGGACGACAUCAUCAGCAAAUUGGCUAUUGAGCAAGUGAAACCCGGCACAAUUGAGAAGUCUGACGCCGUACAAAUCGCCUUUCUCUUGCUCGUCGCAGGAAAUGCUACAAUGGUAAACAUGAUUGCUUUGGGUGUCGUGGAGCUCUUGAAGCAUCCGGACCAACUCAAAGAGCUGAUCCAGAAGCCCGAGCUCGCCAAAAACUUCGUCAGCGAGCUCUGCAGAUACCACACCGCUUCCGCCAUGGCAAUGAAGCGAGUGGCCAAGGUCGAUAUCGAACUCGGCGGCAAGCAUAUCAAGGCCGGCGAAGGAAUCAUCGCCUCCAACCAAUCCGGAAACCGCGACGAGGACGUCUUCCCCAACCCCGAUAUGUUCGACAUGCACCGGGAGUUCAAGGCGGACGGCCUGGGGUUCGGUUUCGGGCCGCAUCGGUGCGUCGCCGAGUGGCUGGCCCGUGCCGAGAUGGAAUCCGUGUUUAGCACGCUGUUCCAACGCCUACCCAAUCUUCAUCUUGCCGUCCCAUUCGAACAGGUGGCGUAUAGCCCUCUGACAAAGGACGUUGGCAUCACGGAAUUGCCUGUUGUUUGGUAA